AUGAGCCCAGCUGAGAGGGUGACUGCGCUUUUAUCCAAUCAAAGCCAGACUGAGGGAAGGGACAUGUAGUCAUACUUCUUCAUGCAGGGUGCUGAUCCCGCCCAGUGCUGUUCAUAGAGGAGAUACUUUUCUAAAAUGUAGAUCCUGAACAACAUAACAGAAACGAACCCAGUACUGGAGGCUCGAUACUGGAUCCGUAGCAUCUGCACGUCAGCAUCUUCACCCCGACCAUGAAACGCCGGGACAGUGAGCCUCUGUAGGGAGAAGAGACACGGUUAGAAGAGGGGCAGUCGACACUGGACCACAAUGUUUCCUAGACUAGUUUCAUGGUUGCUCCUGCACAUCUGUCUGGAUCUGCUCAGACACGAAGUCCCGGGAGCCCAGGCAGGCUCAGUACCCAGUGCUGCAAAGACUCUGGUAUGGGGACCUGGACUGGAGGCAAACGUUGUCCUCCCAGCUCGGUAUUUCUUUAUCCAGGCUGUGGACAGCUCUGGGAGAAAUUUCACAACUUCACCUGGUGAGAAGACCUUUGAGGUGAAGAUGGUUUCUGCAAUGGAGCAGUUUGUCAGGAUUUGGAUACAGGUCCUUGAUCGUCAAGAUGGCUCCUUUCUAGUGCGCUACAGAAUGUAUGCCACCUACACAGACCUCCAAAUCAAAAUUCUGCUCAAGAAUGAGGAUGUUGCCCAGUCGCCGUUCACUCUCAAAGGCCCUAACUACCAUGAGAGCUGCGACUGCCCCCAGCAUAGUGGAUCUGCAUGGGAGGCCCACAUGCACUGUCCUCUAUCUUUCCCCCAGAUAGACAGGGAUCUGGACUUCUUUGCUAGUGUGGACCCAGAUCGCAAUGCACAGGAGAUCCCACAGCGCUUUGGUCAGAGACAAAGUCUCUGCCACUACACUGUCAAAGACAACAAGGUCUAUGUCAGAACUUUUGGAGAGCAUGUAGGGUUCCGAAUCUUUAUGGAUGCCAUCCUCCUGUCGCUCACUAGAAAGGUGCAGCUCCCUGAUGUGGAGUUUUUUGUCAACCUGGGUGACUGGCCGCUUGAGAAAAGGAAACCCACUGAAAAGAUCCAUCCUAUCUUUUCAUGGUGUGGCUCUAACAAUACCAGGGAUAUUGUCAUGCCCACGUAUGACCUGACUGAAUCUGUCCUUGAGACCAUGGGAAGAGUAAGUCUGGACAUGAUGUCAGUGCAAUCCAACACAGGGCCAUCAUGGCCAGAGAAGAAUGCCACAGCCUUCUGGAGAGGACGGGACAGUCGUCAGGAACGUCUGGAACUGGUCAAGCUUUCCAGGGCUCACCCCAACAUGAUCGACGCUGCCUUCACCAACUUCUUCUUCUUCAAACAUGACGAGAGCCUCUAUGGACCGCUUGUCAAACAUGUUUCCUUCUUUGACUUUUUCAAGUACAAGUACCAAAUAAACAUUGACGGCACUGUGGCUGCAUAUCGACUGCCGUACCUGUUGGCUGGAGACAGUGUGGUCUUAAAGCAAGACUCCGGUUACUAUGAGCAUUUCUACAAUGAGCUUCGACCAUGGGAGCAUUUCAUCCCAAUCAGGGCAGACCUUGGAGAUCUGCUGGAAAAGAUCCAAUGGGCUCGCGACAAUGAUGAAGAGGCAAAGAAAAUUGCACUGGCAGGGCAGCAGUUUGCCCGCAAUCAUCUAAUGGGUGACAGCAUAUUUUGUUACUACUACAAGCUUUUCAAGGAGUACGCCAAACUCCAGGUAACGGAGCCAAAGAUUCGUGAAGACAUGGAGCUGGUAGAGCAGCCCGCUGAUGAACUAUUCCCAUGUUUCUGCCACAGGACAAGGUCAAGGGAUGAACUUUGAUGACCCCACAUCCAGCCCGGGAGAAAUCCUUUCUAUCUUGUAUUCUGCAAAAUAAUUUUAUAGAUUGUGAAUAAAUUGUACAAAGAUGACAUCAAUAUCUUUUUUUUAAAUAAAACUUUUUUUUCCCUUCA